AUGGCCCCUAAGGCGGAUAACAAGCAAGACGCUGACUUUUCCGUUCGCACAGGCAAGACUAAGCCCAGUGACCGGGCUGGCGCUGCUGCCAAGGCAGUCUUGAAGGGUGCAGGCGCGCUCAAAUCCCGCAAGGUCCGCACCUCGACCACCUUCCACCGCCCCAAGACCCUCGAGCUCUCCCGGUCGCCCAAGUACCCCCGCAAGUCCAUCCCCCAUGGACCUCGCCUCGACUCCCACAAGGUCAUCCUGUACCCCCUCAACACCGAGAGCGCCAUGAAGAAGAUCGAGGAGAACAACACCCUGGUUUUCAUCGUGGAUGUCAAGGCGAACAAGCGUCAGAUCAAGCAGGCCCUCAAGAAGCUGUACGACGUCGAGACCGUCAAGGUCAACACUCUCGUCAGACCCGAUGGCUCCAAGAAGGCCUUCGCCCGGCUAACUCCCGAUGUGGACGCUCUGGACAUUGCCGCCACCAAGCUCGCUAUCGUCUAA